AUGAGCGUGUGCUAUUGCGCCAACUUUUACGUCCUGAGGUCCGGAACUUCCCUCACCCCGGGCCGUCUCCCUGAGGACAGCCUUUGGUCGCUCUCGCAGGCUCAAACCCGUGACCCGCAGCCGGAAAACCGAGCCGACGGCAUAUAA